AUGUCAAGUUCAAAGUAAUAAUAGCAGUAGAAAUAUCAAAUUCACUCACAAGCUGAAGAAAAUCCUAAGAUGAAAGAGAUUUUCGAUGCUCUUUUAUAGGCUGGGUACUUCAGAAUUCGUAUUCCAAGUAUUUAAACAUUUGAUAAGAUUUUAGGAAGUUUAACUUGGUGCAUUUCGUGUAGCAAUUUUGAUAUUGAUAUUGAAUAUGAUGAUGAAAUGAAUUUAGGUUAAAAGAUUGCAUUGAGUGAAAAAAUUUGUGAAGCUUUGUAAAAAAUGAAAUGUCCAUAUGAGCUUCUUCCUUUCCAGAUCAAGGGUCUUGAUUUUGAUAAAAUGUAUCCUGUUUUCAAUUGGUUGAUUAAAUUUGUUUAUGAAACAAGAGAAGAAAGAUGGGAUUUUAACACUUCGAUGAGUAAUUUUCUUGGUAAAAAGACUUACCCAAGCUUCAUUGAAAGGUAAAAAAAGGAAGAGAAUACUAUAAAUGAAACUAUUAAAAUCAUUCAAACAGUUGAUAAAAGAUAAACAAAGAAUGUAAAUGCUAAAAACCUUUAGUUAAAUGAUCCUAUUCGUAUAUAUUCAACUUUGAUCGAAUAUGGAGAUAUUACAGCUAUCAAAACCUACAACAAAUUAAGUGGUGUAGUUUCAGGUAAAAUAGACUUAGAAAAUGAAAUCCAAAAGCAAACCAAAGGCAAAUCUAAGAGCACAAGAGAUACAUCUGAACCUGGAAAGAGCAAGAAGGAAAAGAAAGAAGUAGAUUAAAAAAUUAAUGAUAUCAUUUUUUAUGAUCAAGCAAGUAGUAAGUCUUAAAAAGUUGAAGUUGAUACAGGCAGGAUUAAUGCAUUGAUUGCUUCUUCUUCUUAGUAACCCUAAUUUAUGUCAUUAAAUCAAGCAAAUGCAGAGAUGAAUGAUAGAAUAAAGCCACAAGAAGCUACUUUCAAAAGAGGAAAAUUAGCUUAAAUGACAGCACCAUAGUUUGCUCAAGUUUAAAUUGGAACAAGCUCCUCUAGUAAUGAUGGAAGUCUUUAAAGUUAACUUACUUAGGCUUUGAAUGCUAUGAAUUAAUAAUCUGCAACAACUACUGGAUCUGCUGGAGCUGAUACAUAGACUUAAGCUAUUUUAGAACCUGAAAAUGAUGUUGAAUUAUAGGUAGAAGGUAACAAUAAUUUUACUGAUAUUAGAGCAGGAGGAAGAAGAUAAUCUGUUGUAGGAGCAAAUCUUAUGGAAUUGAUUGCUUAAGGAUAGGAUGAUAUUAAAGAAGCAAUAACAAAAACAGCAGAAGCAGAUGAAAGUCCAGAAAUUGAAUUUGCAAAUAUUAUUAAAACAGAAAAAGAAUUCCACGAAAAGUAAGUGAUAGCCCUCAACUAAAAGAUUGCUGAUUUGUAAAAGAAGCUUUAAGAAGAAAAGGAAGAGCUUAUUAAAAUAAAAGAGGAGGAAGAAGAGAAAGAAAAUUACUAUGAUCAACACACUGGCUUAGAUAAUGAAUUAAAAGAAACAAGAUAACUCAUUGAAAAGAAGCUUUAGCAAGCUAAGGUGAAAAGCAAAGAAUUAAUUGCUGAGGCAGAAAUGAAUGUUUAAAAAAGAAAUGCUUUGAAAGAGUAAAAAACAAAGCUGAGAAAAGAAAUAAAAAUAUAAAUCCAAGAAAGUGAAAAAGAGAUGGAAAAAACAAAAAAAGAAGCUGCUAUCAUGGAAGAUUAGCAAGAUUAAGGUGAAGAAUUUUCAGAAGAUUACAUUAAAAAGAAGGAGAAGUUGAAUAAGAAGACAGAAGAACUUUCAAAGUAUAAUUAAGAAAAUGCUGUUUUGUAGAGAUAAUUAGAAAACUUCCCUAGCGCUUCUGAAAUAGCUUAAUAUUAACUUAGAUUGUUAGAAUUAUAUGAAAGCAUCAGUUCAGAAAGUGAAAAGGAAAAGGACAAUUAUAUUAGAUACAAUAAUUAUUGUGAUAUUAAGACCUAGUUGGUUUAAUUUGUAGAAAUUAUGAAAGCCUUCAAAGAAAAUUACCAAGUUCACAAAAAGAGUAAAAGUGGUAGAACUAAAUUCAUAGGAGACUUAACUGAAGCUUAUAAAGGCCUUGAAGAAAAUUGCCAAAAAGCUUUAGAAUUACUUACUAAAAUUAAAAAUCAAAGAGAAAAAAAAAUGGAAAAUUACAAUUAGUUAAAAGUUCAAGAAAGAGAUUACUUUAAGUUGCUUAAAGAUUUUCGUUUAGAACUUGAAGUAAACGAAACUUUGUAACAAAGAUAGUGA